GGCAGCAGCGGAGGAGGCCGCGGCGGCGAGUCCGAGUGGCAGAGGCAGCGCGGGCGGCGGGGGCGGCGGCGGGGGGCCGGGUGGCCGGGGUCCCGGGCCCCGCAGCGGCGGCAGCGGCGGCGGCGGCAGGAUGAUCAAGCUGUUCUCGCUGAAGCAGCAGAAGAAGGAGGAGGAGUCGGCGGGCGGCACCAAGGGCAGCAGCAAGAAGGCGUCGGCGGCGCAGCUGCGAAUCCAGAAGGACAUAAACGAGCUGAACCUGCCCAAAACGUGUGACAUCAGCUUCUCAGAUCCGGACGACCUCCUCAACUUCAAGCUGGUUAUCUGUCCUGAUGAGGGCUUCUACAAAAGCGGGAAGUUUGUGUUCAGUUUUAAGGUGGGCCAGGGUUACCCGCAUGACCCCCCCAAGGUGAAGUGUGAGACGAUGGUCUAUCACCCCAACAUUGACCUCGAGGGCAACGUCUGCCUCAACAUCCUCAGAGAGGACUGGAAGCCAGUCCUUACGAUAAACUCCAUAAUUUAUGGCCUGCAGUAUCUCUUCUUGGAGCCCAACCCUGAAGACCCACUGAACAAGGAGGCCGCCGAGGUCCUGCAGAACAACCGGCGGCUGUUUGAGCAGAACGUGCAGCGCUCCAUGCGGGGUGGCUAUAUCGGCUCUACCUACUUCGAGCGCUGCCUGAAAUAGGGUUGGCACACGCACCCACCCCUGCCAGGGCCACCAGCCCCGGCAUCCCCUGCAAAUAUUUAUUGGGGGCCACAGGUGGGGGGCAUGGGGCGGCCGGUGGGGAAAUCCCAUGCCCUGGCCUUGCCUCCCCUCCCUGCCACCCGCUCCUAUUUUUUUUUUUAACCACCAUGUGAUUAAGGUCGGCACAGCCUCCCCCGACCCACUCAGCGAUGGGAAAUGAAUUGGCUUGUCUAGCCCCCUGCUGGGUGCUGUCCAGCCCCCCACUCUGGGCUCUGGGGUGGGUGGCCAAGGGGACUGGAUGGCCGGGGCCCUGGCACAACUCCCCCCCACCACUGGAGGUUCCACCAGGCUAUUAAAGGGGAAUGUUACUGCAUA